AUGGCUUUCCUUGCCUCUCUCGUUUUGGUUUCAUUUCUUUUAGCUUUUUCACUCGAAGGUUACACCUCAAAACCACUUGCAUACGAUGUCCCCGGCAUCGUCUCGAAGAAGGCUAUGAAUGUAAUCGAUUCUUGUUGGCGAACCAAGUCGAAUUGGGCUACCAAUCGCAAAGCCUUGGCUGAUUGUGUGGUUGGCUUCGGAAAAGCAGCGGUUGGAGGGAAAUACGGAGCGAUAUAUGUAGUUACAAGCCCUUAUGAUGAUCCCGUUGACCCUAAACCCGGCACGCUUCGUUACAGUGUUAUUCAAACCGCUCCUCUUUGGAUCAUUUUCGCUAGAGAUAUGGUUAUAAAGCUAAAAAAUGAGCUGAUAGUGAAUAGUUUUAAGACCAUUGAUGGCAGAGGAGCUAAAGUGGAGAUUGCAUAUGGACCUUGCAUAACGAUUCAAGGUGUUACCAAUGUUAUAAUACACGGGAUUAGCAUUCAUGACUGCAAGCCGGGGUUGUCCGGUAUGGUUAGGAGCUCCCCGACGCAUGUAGGAAUGCGUGGAGGCUCCGACGGAGAUGCUAUCAGUGUUUUCGCGUCUUCGAAUAUCUGGAUCGAUCAUUGCUAUCUCGCGCAUUCUAGGGAUGGUCUUAUCGAUGUGAUUCAUGCUUCAACUGCUGUCACGAUCUCCAAUAACUAUUUCUCUCAACAUGAUAAAGUGAUGCUGUUAGGACACAGAGACACGUUCACUGCCGACAAAGUCAUGAAAGUUACGAUAGUUUUUAACAGAUUCGGCGAGGGACUUAUCGAGAGGAUGCCGAGGGUCAGGAUAGGCUAUGCACAUGUUGCUAACAACAGAUACGAUGAAUGGAAGAUGUAUGCCAUUGGCGGCAGUGCAAAUCCGACCAUUUUCAGCGAGGGGAACUACUUCGUGGCGCCCGAUAACCCUAGCAACAAACAGGUUACCAAGAGAGAAGCAAGCAAUUGGAAAAAUUGGAGAUGGCAGUCGUCAAAGGAUGUCUUUAUGAAUGGUGCGUAUUUCGUUUCGUCCGGCUACGGAAGUUGUGCUCCUCAUUAUACUAGGGCUCAAUCCUUCACUACCGCCCCCGGAUACAUGGUCCCUGUUUUAACAUCAAAUGCUGGCCCUUUACGUUGUGUCGUUGGAAAACCAUGCUAA